GCUCGGAAAUGAUUGACGGAAACAUGUAAUUGAUGUAAUUGAAUGUUUGAAAGGAACGUCUACUGAUUUGUGCCCAGCAACCUCAGCCAUUUUCGGGCCCGAUGCAGAAAUUUGAUAUUUUAACAAAAAGAAAAUGAACUCCAAUCACAAGGAAUAGCUCGAGAGGCUGACUCAUUUGUUCAGACCGCAGACCAGAAAGAGAGAUGGAGAGGAACAACCACCCCGAGAGACUGCCAAACUUUUUAGGCCAACCUCUCCUCUCCACCCCUCCCACCUCAUUCUUUCCUAUGGGCACUCGGGUAUAUUCAUUCAGUAUACACACAGCAACAGGCUGAACGGACCUUAGGAUCCAUCCGUUGCAAAGUUUCUUUGAACCAUUGCAAAGGAAGCAAGCUCGAGAGAUGGCGACCCCAAAAACCACUCCUCGAGGUGCAAACCAUGCCCUCUCCCCCAACCGCAUCACACGUCUCCAGGAGAAGAAAGAUCUCAGCAACCUCAACGACCGUCUGGCCGUUUACAUCGACAAGGUCCGUUCCCUGGAAGUGGAGAACGCCGGCUUGCGUUUGCGCAUCACUGAAUCCGAAACAGAGGUGUCCCGGGAGCUGACGGGCCUGAAGGCCGCUUACGAGACGGAGCUGGCGGAUGCCCGUAAGACUCUGGACUCGGUGGCCAAAGAGCGUGCACGUCUGCAGCUGGAGGUGGGCAAGCUGAGGGAGGAAUUCAAGGAGCUGAAAGCAAGGAACACGAAGAAAGAAUCCGAUCUGGCAGGAGCGCUGCAGAGGCUCAAAGACUUGGAAGCCUUGCUGAACUCCAAGGACGCGUCUUUGACGACAGCGUUAGGAGAAAAGCGUAGCCUUGAGACAGAAAAUCGAGAUCUGAAGACGCAGGUUGCCAAGCUCGACACCAGCUUGGGAGAUGCCCGAAAGCAGCUGCAGGAUGAGAUGCUCAGGAGGGUGGAUGGAGAGAAUCGCAUUCAAACCCUUAAAGAGGAGCUGGAGUUUCAAAAGAACCUGCAUUCCGAGGAGUUGCGCGAGGUCAAACGCCGGCACGAGUCUCGCGUGGUGGAGUUGGAAAACGGCCGCCAGGAAGAUUAUGAAAGCAAACUGGCCGACGCCUUGAUGGAGAUGCGAAGCCAGCAUGAACUUCAAAUUAAACUCUACAAGGAGGAGAUUGAGAAGACCUACAACUCCAAGCUGGAAGGUGCUCGCCAGUCAGCGGACCGAAGCAGCCACCUGGUGGGCGCGGCGCACGAGGAGCUCCAGCAGACCCGGAUCCGACUGGAGUCCGUUUCAUCUCAAUUAAGCCAGCUUCAAAAACAGCUUGCAGCCCGUGAUGCAAAAGUGAAAGAUCUGGAGGAGGCUCUGUCUAGAGAGAGGGACACCAUGCGUCGCCUCCUCGGGGAGAAAGACCGAGAAAUGGCCGACAUUAGGCAGCGGAUGCAGCAGCAGCUGGAUGAGUAUCAGGAGCUAAUGGAUGUCAAGCUAGCGCUGGAUAUGGAGAUAAGUGCCUACAGGAAGUUGCUUGAAGGCGAGGAGGAGAGGCUACGCCUUUCCCCGAGUCCACCGCCGACAAGGAUGGCAGGAAGUCGCUCCUCGACCACGUCGGUUCAUUCCCGAUCCUUCAACUGCAGCGCUCACAACUCCAGCGGGAAGAGGAAGCGUCCCAACGACACGGACAGCGAGGCUUCGAGCUUCGCCGGAAGCGCCGUGGCUCGUACUCGCAUCACCCAGCAGGCCUCUGCUAGCGGGCGGGUCACCGUGGAUGAGGUGGACCAGGAUGGCAAAUAUGUCCGACUCAGCAAUAAAGCAGAUGAGGAUCAGAAUUUGGGGAACUGGCAGGUGAAGCGCCAGGUUGGAUCUUCUGCUCCCAUCGCAUUCAAGUUUCCCGCAAAGUUCAUCCUAAAGGCCGGCCGGAGAGUCACGAUCUGGGCGGCUGGCGCUGGCGGAAACCACAAUCCUCCCUCUGAUCUAGUCUGGAAGACACAGGCCAACUGGGGAACCGGAGACCAGUUCCAGACUACCUUGAUCAACGCUAACGGAGAGGAAAUGGCGAUGAGGAAAGUCACUCGCACACAUUUGGAAGACGAUGAUGACGACAUGCAGGUUGCUCACAGCACCUGCGGGGACAGCGAGUACAAUCUUCGUAGUCGUACAGUUAUGUGCGGCUCCUGCGGAUUCUCCCCGGACAAGCCCAACAACGGCAGCUCCGUGUCUACGGCUUCCCGCUCCUACCGUACUGGUGGCAUCUCAGAGGGUUUUCUGCCUCAUUCCUACGUGUUCAGUAGUAGCACACCUCGCAAGACUGGAAUCCGAACUGAGACCUGUCCAAUAAUGUGAGGCCCUGGAUCUUUUGGUCUUCAUUUUCCAUGCCAAUCAAUUUAUAUAUUUAGUCAACUUUUAUAUAUAUAAUUUUUUACGACAUGCUUAUGGUUAGCCACCAGGCAAUAAAAUAUGAACUAUAGUUUCAUAUUGUCAAAAAAUUACUUUUUAUAGAAGGUAGUUUAGUGACUUUUUUCCACAGCUUUUUUGAAUAAAAUCUGCUCCGACCUGUUGUGAAAUUUUCUUUGAUUGAAAUAAAGUUGUUCUUCU